AUGUCGUUAUCCGGCUCCGGUUCCGGUUUGUCAUCAACUUCGAACAACUACAGGAAUUUUAAAGAAGUCACGCGCCACCGAUUAUUGCAUGAAAUGCUUCGGUCUUGCAAAGCCGGGAACUCAAAAUCAACAUGGAAGGUGCUCAUUAUGGACGAAUUUAGUAUCAAGAUAAUGUCUUACGCAUGCACACUCCUUGAUACUACAAAUGGAGUUUUAUUGCUAGAGCGCAUAGAUAAGGAAAGGCAGCGAUUUGCCUCCAUGGAUGCAAUAUAUUUCAUCCGGCCUUCUAAAGAGAAUGUUAGAUUCUUCUUGUCAGACAUGUCGGGAAGUGCACCUUUAUAUAGGAAGGCGUUUGUUUUUUUCACUUCUCCUAUAUCGAAAGAUUUGGUUGGGCAGAUAAAGGGGGAUGGAAGUCUAACAAGUCGCAUAUCUGCAUUGAGUGAGAUGAAUUUGGAGUAUUAUGCUAUAGACAGCCAGGGUUUUGUUACCAAUAAUGAGAGAGCUUUAGCGCAGUUUUAUGGGGACAAGGACGAUUCACGCGAAGCCGAAGCGUGUUUGAGUGAGAUGGCUGCACGUGUAGCCACAGUCUUUGCUUCUUUAAGGGAAUUUCCUAUUGUUCGCUACCGAGCUGCCAAUAGGAUUGAUGCCACCAUGGAGACCACUUUUCGUGAUUUAAUUCCUACAAAGCUUGCUGCUGGUGUCUGGGAUUGUCUCAUGCAUUACAAAAGAACAAUUCCAAAUUUCCCUCAGAUAGAAACAUGCGAGUUACUUAUCCUUGACAGAUCUGUGGAUCAGAUUGCGCCAAUCAUCCACGAGUGGACAUACGAUGCCUUGUGUCAUGACUUGUUAGAUAUGGAAGGAAAUAAAUAUGUGCAUGAGGUUGCGAGCAUAAACGGUGGUCCUCCUGACAAGAAAGAUGUUCUUCUAGAGGAGCGUGAUCCUGUCUGGCUUGAACUUCGCGAUCAUCAUUUAGGAUUUGCCUUGGAAUCGUUGAAUUCGAAACUUUCCAAUCUUAAGCAGAACAAGGCUGCGCGAUUCGAAAAUUCAAGAGAUGGGCAAUGUCCUGAGCUAUCUUCAAGGGAAUUGAAAGAGAUAACUGAAGCAUUGCCACAGUAUGUUGAACUAAAAGAAAAGCUCUCCCUUCAUAUAGAGAUUGCAUCGAAACUAAACAGAAUUGUCAGGAACCUUGAGCUCCCAUUCCUUUCAGAGCUGGAGCAGGGUCUUGUUUUUGGAGAUGCAGGAAUAAAAGAGGUGAUCAUGUUUCUGAGAAUACAUGGGCCGUAUAUUACUCGCGAACAUAAGCUGCGCUUGUUGAUGAUUCUUGCUGCCAUCUAUCCUGAGAAAUUUGAGGAUGAAGAAGAUCUACAUAUGAUGAUGAAGUACGCAUAUUUACUACCCCAGGAUAUGACUGUUGUGAGGAAUAUGAAGUUGAUUGGGGAGAGCAGAGAAGGCUCAUCUGGAAUUUUUCCUCUGAAGUUUGGUAUUGCUAAGAGAAAAUGUUAUAGGAAAGAGCGUCCAAGAGAAGAUGAAUGGCUUUAUUCGCGCUUUUUUCCGAUGAUAGAGGAACUUAUAGAAAAGCUUAGCAAUGGUGCACUUUCAGAGGAAUUAUAUCCAUGUGUGAAUCCCAACGCUCGUUUACUGAGAUCGAGGAGGACACCAAUGUGGGCCCACCGCCGGAAUUCCGAUAAUGGGUUUUCAAGCUGCUGUGUAUUAAGGGAUGCAUCUACUGAUUUUGAAAAGAUGGGCCGACGCAUAUUUGUAGUUAUAGUAGGUGGAGCUACUAGAUCAGAGCUUAGGGUUUGUCGGGAACUCACAGCAAAGCUCAAAAGGGAAGUUAUUCUGGGCUCCUCAUCUCUUGACGAUCCUGCAACUUUUGUUACGAAUCUGAAAAUGAUCACAGCAAACGACCAACCGCUCACGUUGGAUGAUAUCCAGAUCUGAUUGUGGAAGUUCAACAAUUUUCAGUUAAGUCUUUAUGUAUUCAAUUCAACGCAUGAUUUGUGAAGAUCAAUAGUAACUGGCUGUCGUCCAAAAGCAUCAAUAUCUCAUUCGAAACAUAUGUUAAUGGACCACUUGUAGAACAUUGUCUCCUGAUCCCAUUAAUUACUUGUAGCAUCUACUGAUAUGUCGUUUGACCAUAAAUCUGUCAGCUGUUUGCUCAGUAUCCCAUUAAGCACUUCUUCAGAUUCUAUUCUGCACCCGAGAACAAAAGCACAAUCGAAGUUUGCUCUUGUGACGGGACAUUGGCAAGAAAAAUUUUCAAUCAAAUAGGACAAGAGAGAGCAUAUUGAAUUCCUGAUUUCAAUUUUCGAUUUACCAAAGCUUUUGUCAUUAUUAUUGUUUCCGAA